AUGUUGAAAGAGGUAAGGCGAUUUUUGGGCUGAAAAUCAACAAUUUUUGAGCUCCUGGAGCAAAAUUGGACGAUUUUCUGGCUCCUGGAGCAAAAUCUAGUGGUUUUUGAGCUCCUGGAGCACAAUCUAGUGAUUUUCUAGCUCCUGGAGCAAAAUUGGACGAUUUUCUGGCUCCUGGAGCAAAUUUUGACGAUUUUCUGGUUUUUUCGCUCCAGAGCCUAGAAAAUUACGAAAUUUCGCUUGAGAACCUUGAAAAUUGUGAAUUUUCGCUUCAGGGUCCAAAAAUACAUAAUUUUUAACCUAAAAAUCCCAAAUUUUCACCAAAAAUCUUCUUUGCAGGAUCCAAAUGUCUCUGAACUUCACGCAGUCGAAGACAGUUUCGUACCUCUCAUCAAACUUCUAUAUUCCGGAAUCGAUCUCGAUAUUUUAUUCGCCAGAUUAGCUCUCAAAGAAGUUCCAGACAAUCAGAAAUUGACAGAUGAUAUGUUGCUGAAAAAUUUGGAUUCGGCAAGUAUUCGAAGUUUGAAUGGAUGUCGUGUCGCUGAACAAUUGUUGCAAUUGGUGCCGAGUAUCAAGGAAUUCUGUACGACACUUCGAGCAAUUAAAUUGUGGGCUAAGAAUCGCGGAAUUUAUUCGAAUGCGUUGGGUGAGUUUUCGGGAAAGAAUGAUCCUGAAAAUACCUAUUUUUAGAGCCUAAAUAAGUCUAGUUUAAGGCCUAAAGAUUUGCCUUAAAAUGAGCCAAAAUAAGCCUAGGUUCUGCCUGAAAAUGGCCUAUUUUUAGAGGCUAACCCUGAGCUAGUUUAGACUCUAAAGAUUCGCCUUAGAAUGAGCCUGAAAAUGCCUAUUUUUAGAGCCCAAAAAUGCCUAGUUUCACGCCUAAAGAUUUGCCUGAAAAUGAGCCUAGACAAGCCUAGAUUCUGCCUGAAAAAGGCCUAUUUUUAGAGCCUAAAUAAGCAUAUAUUUAGGCCUAUAGCCCGUCAGUAACUCGAGUACUGAGUACUGAGUAUACUGAGUACUGAGUAUUUGCAAAAUACUCAGUACUCAGUAUUUGCGAGUACUGAGUACUUGAAAAUACUCAGUACUCAGUAUACUCAGUAUUUUGAGUACUGAGUAUACUGAGUAUACUCAGUAACUGAGUACUCGAAAAUACUCAGUACUCAGUAUUUUGGAAAUACUCAGUACUGAGUACUGAGUAUACUGAGUAUGUCAGUACUCGGAAUACUCGAUUUUAAAGGCAUGUUCCACCAAAAAAAAAUUUUUUUGAAAAUGAGGUAUUUGGGCACGGGGAACAUUUUGGUGAGGUAUACGGUCGGGAACAGACUUUUAAAGGCGCAUGCCAGGCUAUUACAAAUUUUCCGAGAUAAUUUUUUCAAACUAUCAUAACUUUUUUAUUUUGGAAGCUUUUUUGAAAAUUCGACAACCAUUUUGACGGUCUUGAAGCGGGCUACAUUUUUGGUGUUGACACCAACUACCGUACUUCGCUCCUAAGAGGUGAAAAACACGCUUUUUCUCUCGAAAAUGUCGAUUUUUGACACAAAUAUGAAUAAAAAUGUAUUUUUCACCUCUUAGGAGCGAAGUACGGUAGUUGGUGUCAACACCAAAAAUGUAGCCCGCUUCAAGACCGUCAAAAUGGUUGUCGAAUUUUCAAAAAAAGCUUCCAAAAUAAAAAAGUUAUGAUAGUUUGAAAAAAUUAUCUCGGAAAAUUUGUAAUAGCCUGGCAUGCGCCUUUAAAAGUCUGUUCCCGACCGUAUACCUCACCAAAAUGUUCCCCGUGCCCAAAUACCUCAUUUUCAAAAAAAAUUUUUUUUUUGGUGGAACAUGCCUUUAAAAUCGAGUAUUCCGAGUACUGACAUACUCAGUAUACUCAGUACUCAGUACUGAGUAUUUCCAAAAUACUGAGUACUGAGUAUUUUCGAGUACUCAGUACUCGCAAAUACAUACUGAGUAUACUCAGUACUCAAAAUACUGAGUAUACUGAGUACUGAGUAUUUUCAAGUACUCAGUACUCGCAAAUACUGAGUACUGAGUAUUUUGCAAAUACUCAGUACUCAGUAUACUCAGUACUCAGUACUCGAGUUACUGACGGGCUAUAUUUAGGCCUAAAAAUUUGCCAGAGAUUAAGCCUAAAUAAGCCUAGGUUUUGGCCUAGUUUUAGGCCUAAAGAUUUGCCUUAAAAUGUGUUUCAAAAUGAGCCUAGGUUUGGCCUGAAAAAAAGGCCUAUUUUCAGAGCCUAAAUUUGUAUAUUUUAGGCCCUAAAGAUUUGCCUUAAAAUGAGCCUAAGUAAGCCUGAAAUGCUCAUUUUUAGAGCCUAAAGAUUUUCCUUAAAACCAGCCUAAAUAACCCUAGAUUUUAGGCUUUAAAAUGCUCAUUUUCAGGUCCUAAAGAUUUGCCUUAAAAUAAGCCUGAAAGAGCCUAGUUUCAGGCCUAAGGAUUUUUAUUAAAAUGAGCCUGACAAGGCUUAAUUUCAGAGCGUUUUUAAGGCUCAAGGCUUGAAUUUUGAGCCUAGUUUUAAGCCCAAACAUCUGCUAAAAAAUGAGCCGAAAUAAGCCUAGUUUUAGGCCUAAAAACAAGCCUGAAAAUGGCCCAAAUAAGCCUAGGUUCAGGCCAGAGUUCCGCAAUGGAACAUUUUUUCGACACAGUGUCAUAACCCCACUUCUUUUCAAUUCCAAAAAUUAAAAAAGCGUUUUAUUUUUGACGUGUCCCAUUUUCAAUUUUUGAAUUGUGUUUCAUUUCAAAAUGAAACGCAAAAAGUAAAAAUAGAAAUGUUUCACUUCAAAAAUGUGGAGCAUUUCAAAAAAUUGAACAUGCGUCAUUUGAAAAAUGUGACGCACUAGAAAUGUUCCACAAGAUGUUCCGCGUCUCAAUUUAGCCAGGUAUGGCUCAUUGUUCCAUGGCUCAUUUUCGGAACAUUUUCUGAAUUGAUCUUUUUUGAACCGAAAGCAAACCUCACCCAACACCUGGAAUUCCAGGUGGGCAAUUUUUUUCGGAAAACCUAGGUGGGCAAUUUUUUCUUCGAAAAACCUAGGUGGGCAAAAAUUUUUAGGGUCCUUAAGGCGAGCCUCAGGUGGGCAAAUUUUUUUAGGGUCUUUAAGGCGAGCCUCAGGUGAGCAAAUUUUUUUAGGGUCUUUAAGGCGAGCCUCAGGUGGGCAAAUUUUUUAGGGUCUUUAAGGCGAGCCUCAGGUGGGCAAAUUUUUUUAGGGUCUUUAAGGCGAGCCUCAGGUGGGCAAAUUUUUUUAGGGUCUUCAAGGCGAGCCUCAGGUGGGCAAAUUUUUUUUACUAGGUGGGCAAUUUUUGAAAAUAAACCCAGAUGGGCAAUUUUUUUCCUACUUCUCCAGGUUCUUGGGUGAGGUUUGAACCGAAAGCCACUUUCCGAAAUUCUUUGAAUAUAAUUCGGCACCACAUAUGAUUUGAUUUCAAAAAAAUGGUUGUUUCUUGAAAAGUACAAAUAUUGGGUUAUUGUGAAUUCGAAAAAAAUCAUAAUUCAGCUUUGAAAAUAUUGGGUUACCGAAGAUUAACCUUUGGCAACGUUAAUUUUAUCUUGGAAUUGGAGAUAUUGUCUGAAUGCCUAAAAAUUGUAUACAGGGUGAUAAGCUUUGUUAUCCGAAAAUGAUAAUUUUCACAAAAACAGGCUUGGGGGUUCACAGGGACCUCACGGAACCAGUUUUCGUGAAAAAUUAUUUUUUAUUCGAGAAAAUUAGAUUUACGAGGGGGUCUGAAAUUAUGCGAAUUGACUUCAAUCAACGAUCAGCCAAAAUAAGUAAUCGAUUUCUAUGAGCUAAUUAUGAAUUGGAUGUUGUUUGUCAAUAGUUUGGUUAACUUUUGAUAGGAAAAAAAUUUUUUCUUCUAUGAUUUGAGCCCAGAAAACUCGACCGAGCCAAGGGGGUUCGAACUGAACAUACUCGAUCUCAAGUAAGAAAGUCAAAAAAAAUUUAACCCAAUAUUUUCAAAGCUGAAUUAUGAUUUUUUUCGAAUUCACAAUAACCCAAUAUUUGUACUUUUCAAGAAACAACCAUUUUUUUGAAAUCAAAUCAUAUGUGGUGCCGAAUUAUAUUCAAAGAAUUUCGGAAAGUGGCUUUCGGUUCAAAAAAGAUCAAUUCAGAAAAUGUUCCGAAAAUGAGCCAUGGAACAAUGAGCCAUAACUGGCUAAAUUGAGACGCGGAACAUCUUGUGGAACAUUUCUAGUGCGUCACAUUUUUCAAAUGACGCAUGUUCAAUUUUUUGAAAUGCUCCACAUUUUUGAAGUGAAACAUUUCUAUUUUUACUUUUUGCGUUUCAUUUUGAAAUGAAACACAAUUCAAAAAAUGAAAAAUGAGACACACGUUUGUUGAAAGGUUUAGGUUUGGGCUUGAGAUAGGCCUGGAAAAUGGCUUGAAAAUGAGCCUAAACAUGGCUAUGUUUGGGCUUGAGAUAAGCCUAAAAAAGCCUAGAAAACCAGCCUGAAUAAGCCUAGUUUUUGAGCUAAGCCUAAGGCUCUUCUUAGGCUUGUUUAGGCUCAUUUUAACCGUGAAAAUUAGGCCUAAAACUUAGGCUGAUUUCAGGCUUUUCCUAGGCUCAUUUUAUUCCUGAAAACCAGGGCUUAAAGUUAGGCUUUUCCUAGGCUUGUUUAGGCUCAUUUCGAUCGUAAAAACCGGGCCUUAAAGCAGCCUGAAAAGCCUGGAUUUUUAGCUAAGCCUAAGGCCCUUCUUAGGCUUGUUUAGGCUCAUUUUAACCCUGAAAAUCGGGUCUAAAAAGCCUAGAUUUUUAGCUAAGCCUGAGGCUUCUCCUAGGCUUAUCUAGGCUCAUUUUAACCCUGAAAACCAGGCCUAAAAUUCAGGCUGUUCCUAGGCUUUUCCUAGGCCUAUUUUAAGCCUAAAAAUCUAACCUAAAUUCUUGCAGGAUUCGAAAUUUGCAAAGAUGUCUACGAAGGUCGCGGCUCAUCGGAUGCACUUUUCGAAGAAGUCAAUGUUUUCACCAGAUACAAGCACUAUAUUUGUGAGUUUUCCUGAUAAUGAUAGGAUAUUCCUGAUAAUGAGGAGAACAAUCGAUUUUUGAGAAGCGGGCAUCCUUCUAGGUGAGUUUAACAGACAGAACUUUUAAAGGAACAUACCGUAAUUUCAGAUUGCUAGAAGUUUGGGAACUCAUCGAACCUCAACAAUAUAUUGAUCAGAAUGGCAGAAGAGAAGAAAAACAAGAAUUUUGGAAACGAAAGGAGAUUAUAUAUGAAAUGGCUAAUGGUUCUGGUGUUUUUGACAGUGAUUCUUCAGACUGUUAG